GUUUUAACUUCAUUUUCGUUUGUUUUCGCCAUAGAUGGCGAGUUUUGGUGAGAUUUUGAGGCAUCCAGAUGAUUUAUAUCCAUUGUUGAAGCUGAAAAUGGCAAUGAGGCAUUCCAAAAAUCAGAUCCCGCAGGCGGAGCCUCAUUGGGGAUUCUGUUACUCUAUGCUCCACAAUGUUUCUCGUAGUUUUGCUCUCGUGAUUCUGCAGCUUGAUACUGAGCUCCGUAACGCUGUUUGCAUUUUCUAUUUGGUUCUUCGGGCCCUUGACACUGUUGAGGAUGAUACAAGUAUAGCCAAGGAUGUUAAAGUGCCUAUUUUGUUGGCAUUUCAUAGUCAUAUUUCUGACCAUGACUGGCAUUUUUCAUGUGGGACAAAUAAUCAUAAGGUUCUUAUGGACGAGUUUCAUCAUGUUACCACAGCUUUUCUGGAACUUGAUAAAAGUUAUCAAGAGGCUAUUAAAGAUAUUACUUUGAGGAUGGGUGCAGGAAUGGCUAAAUUUAUAUGCAAGGAGGUAGAAACCAUUGAAGAUUAUGAUGAAUACUGCCAUUAUGUGGCAGGUCUUGUGGGGUUAGGAUUGUCAAGAAUUUUCCAUGCCUAUGGGACAGAAGAUUUGGCAUCGGAUUCUCUUUCAAAUUCAAUGAGUUUAUUUCUUCAGAAAGUAAACAUUAUUCAAGAUUACGCGGAGGAUAUAAAAGACAUACCAAAUCAUCACAUGUGUUGGCCUCGUGAGAUCUGGAGUAAAUAUGUUGACAAACUCGAGGAUUUGAAAGAAAAGGAGAAUUCAGUCAAGGCUGUGCAAUGCUUGAAUGAUAUGGUUACAAAUACUUUGACACAUGUUGAAGAUUGUCUAAAGUACAUGAAAGAUAUAAAAAGUCCAACUAUCUUCAGGUUUUGUGCUAUACCUCAGAUUAUGGCAAUAGGUAUCUUUGCAUUAUGUUAUAACAACGUUGAAGUCUUCAGAGGCGUUGUGAAGAUGAGACGUGGUUUAGUGGCUAAGGUUAUCGAUCGAACAAACACAAUGGAAGACGUCUAUGGUGCUUUCUUCGACUUCUCUCAAAUGUUGAAGACAAAGGUGGAGAAGAAUGAUCCGAAUGCCACAAAAACAUUGAAAUUGAUAGCAACAAUUCAGAAAGUUUGUCUAGAGUCGGGUCCAAUGAACAAAAGGUUUGAUUAUUCUCUUUCGAUAAUUAAUCAAUCAAUAAUAAACAUGGUUAUGUUAUUUCUCUAUCUCACAAAUGACAAACUCCCUAUUAUAAUUUAUCGUCAGGAAAUCCUACAUAAUUAGCAAUGGUCCAAUAAUGCAUAAU